UCCACCUACUUUACUAGACAGAGCGACGAGACUCGGCUGAGAUACGAUCCUCUAGGGAACUUCAUCUAAGCCUAGAGAAAUGUCCGAACCGCAGAAGUUACGAGUUGGAAUUAUCGGAGCUGGAGAAGUCGCUCAAGUGAUUCAUCUUCCCGUCUUGUCUCUACUCUUCCAUCUCUACUCCGUCACAAUUAUCUGCGACAUAUCCGCAAAGAACGCCUCGCACUGUGCCGCAAAAUUCCACAUUCCAAAGUCCACCACCUCCGCCGCUGAUGUCUAUACCAGCCCAGACGUCGAUAUCGUCUUCAUACUCACCUCGGACGAGUUCCAUGCUGAGUAUGCUAUCGCGGCUCUGAAAGCUAGGAAGCACGUCAUGGUUGAGAAGCCGAUAUCGCUCUCCAUGCAAUCUGCGAAGAGGAUCAUUGAAGCAGAGAAAGAAGCAGGAGGGCCAAGGGUGUUUGUUGGGUAUAUGAGACGCUAUGCACCAAGCUUCGUACAAGCGUUUACAAGAGAGGUCGCAACGAUACCGCGAGUGCUUUAUGCUAGAUCGCGAGACUUCAGCGGGCCAAACGCUCAAUUUGUGUCGCAAUCCGGCACUUUCCAGGUGCAAAGUACGGACUUCCCUCCCGGAGCAAGCGAGGAACGGACGAAACGGCUAGAUGAUCUUUUCGCAGAGGCUUUCGAGGGUCGAGAAGUCACGCUGGAGAAGAAGAGGUACUGCCGUUUCCUUGGAAGCUUAGGCUCGCAUGACAUCUCUCUCCUACGAGAAACUCUUGGAUUUCCGGAGUCCGUUGCUGGCGUAUCUGCAAAUGAGCCGUUCUACUCGGCGAUAUUCAACUACAAGAAUAAGUCAGGCGAGCCAUUUGCAGUCACUUACGAGAGCGGCAUCGAUGGCGUACCGAACUUCGACGCGCACCUUGCGGUCUAUGGAGAGAACAAGCGCGUUCAGAUACAAUACCCAUCACCCUACGUCAAAGGACUACCCAUCAUAGUCAAAGUUGACGAGUUGAAUGAGAAUGACGAGACACAGACGAGAGAGAUAUUAUCAUCAUACGAAGACGCAUACACUGCCGAAUUGAAAGAGCUUCACGCAUGCAUUACUCAGGGAAAGACGAUCAAGACGUCUGCAGUGGACGCACUGGAGGACUUGACUAUAUACGACAUGAUGUACAAGAAGUAUGAGGGGAUUUGAUGAUUGCUACUGGAGUUGUUCGCAAGCUAAUAGAACGCCUUGAUGCAUCAAACUCUUCAAAUCCAAUCGCAGCCUCCUGCAUUCUGGAGCGUAUCAACGAUCUUGAAGAUCAUCCAGAUGUAUCACCUUCGUUAUCAGGCCC